AUGUAUGUUAAGUAUGCUAAGGAGUGUGGGUUUUCAGUCAGGAAAGGGACUACAAAGACAAACUCUAAAGGUGUGUUACAUAUUAAGUACUUUUUGUGUACGAGAGCUGGGGUAUAUAAGGACAAGAAGGUUGAUACGUUGGACCCCAAUCAAAAAGAGCGAGUAGUGCGAUCUAACUUUUCCAAGAGGACUGAUUGUGGUGCACUGUUAUGUGUAGAAUAUGAGAAUGGAUUUUGGAAGGUGUAUAAGUUUUUCGAGGAGCACAAUCAUGAACUUGUUGAACGUCCUGAUAAGCAUUUUCUUCCAACUGAACGACAUCUCACUCAGCUCCAGAAGCAUGUUAUACACAGCAUGUCUAAGCUGAAUUUGGGUCCUGUCAAGGCGUUUAAUGUUAUGAAGACUUGUUUUGGUGGUUUUGAAGAUAUGGGCGCAAGGAAAGUUGAAUUUAAGAACUAUAAGAGAUACUCUAUGGUAUUUGUACCGUUCACUGGUAUAGACAAUCAUCACUGCAAUGUUACAUUUGGUGCAACAUUGUUGGCGUCAGAAACUGCUGAUACGUAUAUUUGGUUGUUAAGAGUUUUUCUUAAAGCUGUUGGUUCUCAGCCAAAAGUUGUUGUCACUGACCAAGAUCCAGCGAUGAAGAAGGCUAUUUCUACUCCAAAAGUUGUUGUCACUGACCAAGAUCCAGCGAUGAAGAAGGCUAUUUCUACUGUAUUUGUUGACACGAGGCAUCGGUUAUGCAUGUGGCAUGUGAUGCAUAAACUUUCUCUGAAGGUUAGUGUUAGGCUAUGCAAUUCCACCAAUUUUAAAGAACAUAUCUGUGGUGUUGUGUGGACGGAUAUUCUCACACCUGAAGAGUUUGAAUUAGAAUGGGAAAUGGUUAUUGCAGAAUUCAAUUUAGAAGAUAAUGACUGGCUAUCUGAUAUUUUUGCACUUAGGGAAACUUGGAUCCCUGCGUACUAUAGAAUGGAGCCUAUUUCUGGUCUUAUGCGAACGACAUCCAGGUCGGAGAGUGAGAAUCAUUUUUUUGGUCAAGUGUGCAAUUCGAAAGCUACUCUUGUUGAGUUCAUGACGCACUAUGAGACUGCAAUAGAAGCACGGCGUCACACACAUUGUAAAAAUGAUCAUGAAUCUCGAUACAAAAGACCCCAGUUGAAGAGUAGUUACAAAGUGUUGGAAGGGCAAGCUGUUGAUAUAUAUACAAAAAACAAACAUUCUAUGCAUGGCGUUAUAGAGAUAUUGUUUUUGGCGUUUUUCAGACAUAUAUUCUAUGUUUUGAGACUUAUGGACAUCAUGGAAUUUCCAAAACAAUACAUUCUGAAUAGAUGGCGCAAAGAGGCCUCCCCAAACUGCUCUCCUGAAUUCUCAAUUAGUCGUGAAUAUAUGCCUGAGCUUGAUCCUGAUGUGCAAAGUAUGAUGCGAGAUGUUAUUUAUUCAACCGAAUACACUUUGAACCGUUUAUCUGAUAAUAAAGAGGAGCUUUCCUUAUACAAGGAUCAUGUUCAAUCUUAUAUGAAGAAGGUUCAAGAUAUGCAGAUUGUUGCUCCUCCCGCUAGUUCUAGGGAUAGGUUUGCCGAGAUAACUGGUCAAUAUAAAAAUGACAAAAAUCCGAUAAGAGUCCCUGCGUUUAUAUUGAGGAUGUUGCUCAUUGCAUAG